CGGCCGUCGUCAGUCGAGUCGCGAAAGUCGUCGAGUGCGUUUGUUGCCAGUUGCUUUUGUUGCUGUCGGUGCGGCACAGUGAAAACACACACACACAUACACCACAUAGCACACAGUUGAAGCAAAGCAGAGCAAAAGUUGUGAGUAAGCUGUGGAGCCCAUGGUGCCCUGGUGCUGUCGAGCAGUGGCUAAAAGCAAAACAAACAAAUAUCAAAGAAAGAAAGAAAAAACAACCUCCUCAUCAUUAUUAUUAUUAUCAUCGUCAUCGUCUUCAUCAUUUUUUUGUGCGCGCAGUCGUUAUGCAAUUUGAAGUGCGUCCAAAAUAAUAUUGAAAUAGCAAGCGAAAACCAAAACAAAUAAUAAGUAAAAAGUUGGUUAACGAUCACAAAAAAAAAUAAACCAAAACAUCAACAUACAUUCUUUUUUCGGUUAUAAUUAAUUAAUGAAAUUCACAAAAUUUGUGCGACAGACACUUUGCAUUAAAAACUACAACGAAAAUUAAUUGGUUGCCAGCAAAUUCUGUGGCCAAAUUUUGAAACGGAAUAUUUGAAAAAUUAUUAGAAACACGUUUGCAAAUAAGAUAACAAAAACACAGCCAAAGUGAAAUUAAUGCAACAACAAACUGCAAACACGCAUAAAUUGUCACGACAACAACAAAAAAAAAACGAAAACCAAAGUGGUAAAGUGAAAAGCGCACGCGUCUUGGCAAAAAAGAAAUUGAAUUGAAAAUCAAUAAGAAAAAUAAUAUAAAAAGUACAUAAAUAAUAAUUAUAGAAAAUCAUUGUUACAGCAUUAAAAGUGCAUAAAAAGCAUAGCAGCAGCAGCAACAACAACAACAGCAGCUACGGUAGCAGCAACAGGCGUCUGCUACGUAAUCAUUGGGAAAAUAUCUGCAAUUUUGCAACAAUUUCGACAUUGCAGCAGCAACAACAACAACAGCAGCAGCAGCAGCGGCAACUGCAACAAAAGUAAUUGAGCAAAAGACUCUCCCAUACCCAUUACCCGGAGCACACACAUCCACACUUGGACCGGCGACUCACAACAAAAUGGUAUCGCGAAGAAAAAUAUUAUCACGUUCACGCGAUGAUCUAAACCUGGAUCAGACAUUCACUCAGCAGGAGGAGGAGGAAGAUGUUUGGUAUCAGAAAGACAAACUUUAUAAGGAACACAUACAGGAAGUGCUGGACAAAUGGACGCAAAUCGACGACGAGAUCUGGGCCAAAGUAAUUGUGUUCGAACGCAAUCGCCGUGUGGCCAAAGCGUACGCACGUGCUCCGGUGCUGACCAUCAAUGGCUCUGAUGAUGGCUUCGAUGGCAUGCGCAUUGGUCUGUGCGGCUUUGACAAUCCCAUGCGAGAUCAGAAGACGGACGAACUGAAACGCGUCAUCGGUCAGGGUGUCAAAAUCAAAAUGGAUGAUGCUGGCAAUAUACUCGUACGUCGCUAUGCCAAGAGCAAUGUAUUUGUUAAGAGCACCGCCAGCAAUCCCAACGAGGAGACAUCCAUUGGUGCCGAGAUCUUGAAGCUGCCAAAUCAGGCGCUCGAAAGCGAAAAAAUAGUCAAGCUCUUCGAUAUGAAGAAGUUUCAGUCGAACGUAAAUCGUGAACUGCGCCGUGCCUAUCCAGAUCGUCGACGCUUGGAGACGCAAUGCCUAUCGGCAGUGGCCUUUGUCAAAUCGGAGAAUGACAUUUUGGAGUGCCCCAUUUGGGUGCUCAUUGUGAAUGUGGUAGCCAUGGAUAUGCUAAAGAGCAAACUGCCGCCAGUGCAACGUCCCAUUGUGGACAUCAAAAAUCGCCCGCGCAUACCUAUACCCGAUGAGGAUCCCUACAGCGUGGCCGGCAAUGGCAGCAAUGGUAGCUCGGGCAGCUCUGGCUUUGGCAGCGGCCACCAGCAGCAACAGCAGCUGCAACAACAACACCAGCAACAGCAGCAGCAGCUUGGCAAGCAUUUGAAUAAUGGCAACAACGGUCAUGUGGCUGCCACACGAGAACAAUUGCUACUGCAGACGCAACAAUUGGCGCACAAGCGCAGCGAGAAGCCACCCAAAUUGCCGCCCAGGGAUAAUGUCUAUGCACACGAUCUAAUUCCAAAGCCGGACUAUGAUGAUAUUGAUUUGGAGACCAGAAUCAAGCUCUCUCGUGGGAAAUCCGAUAAGGGCAAGGAUAACAAGAAAUAUGAUGAUCCUUACUACUGUGGAUUGCGUGCACGUGUGCCGAACUUUGUCAAGUCAUCAAAGUCAGGAUCAAAGGAUCAGAGGGACGGCAAUGGUAACAACAUCAUCAUGAAUGGCAAUGGCAACAGCGACGGCAUGAGCACGCUCACACAAAAGAAGACUUCGAUGAUACACAACCAUAUGGCUGGCAUGCAUCCGCAUCACAUUCAGCAGCAACAGCAGCAACAACUGAUGGCAGCGGCAGCGGCUGCCGCGCAUGCUGUGCACCAUCAGCAGCCAGGCCAUCAUCAGCAUCAGAUCUGGCAGACGCGCAGUUAUGAGAGUGGCAUAGAUUCCGAGCUUGUCGAAUCUCCUUACAAUCACAUCUAUGGACGCCAUUUACCGCUGCCCACCCGCGGCUAUGUACCCACACCACGCAUGUUUAUUGGGGAAUGGGACUGAGAGAGGAGAGGUGACAGAUAAACGAGGGCAAACAAAAUGCUUCGCUUGAAUCACAACGCACUACAUGAGCCUACCGCCACCCCAAGCAGCCAAGGCACAAAUCAUUUUCUAUGUAUAACCUAAACAAAAAACAGAAAUUAUUAUAAUGCCCCAAACAUCAUACAUCGAGAUGAUGGGAAUAAACAAUAAUUUAAGUCAACCAGCUGAACAGCAAGAACAUUACGAGCUUCACCGACCCACACGGGAAGUUCAAUAAUUAAUUAAUUUAGCAAAAUAUUAUGGUAAUAUAAUAUUAGGCUAGGCAUAAAUGAACCACACAAAACAUACAUAUGUAUAUGUAAUAUAAUAAUUAUACCUAUUAUUAGCUGCGCGCAUAUUCAGUUUCAGUUGACUUCCGUAGCAAUUUCUUGAGAUUAUAUGACGCAAUUACUUUCAAGCGCACUUUUAUUUUUUUAUACUAGACGAGUAUAUAACAUAUACAAUAUAUAAAAAAAAUUGAUAUUUUUGCGCAAUAACACGCCAUUACAUUGUAUAGCUAUAGGGUUUUUUGUAAAUUUAUCGCCUUGUGUAAAAGUUGUCGCAGUUGUCUGCGACACAUACUACAUAAUAAUAUAUGUAUAUCCAAAACUGCCUAACUGCAGCAGCCUAAUCACAAAUCUAUGGAGUAGAGAGUUUAUAAAU